AUGACAUCCAAUCCUCAAGAACCGCCGAGCCCCUCCGCGUCGUCGAUAUUUCUUCCGCUCGGUAGGAGGUCCCGGCGUGGUUCUCACACGUCCAUCAACAGCGAGGCAGAGAAGGAGAACCUAACCGAGGCUCUCGAUCAGAUACAUAGCGCGGCGUCGCAGCUGGGGACUCUUACCGUAUUCAAUGAAUAUACAAACCCUCCAGUUCAGUCGGUGGCGGCGGACAAUAAGGGCCUUGUGGGAGACCUGCAAGGCGGGCUGAGUGGGCUAUACAACAUGUUCAGGGCGUCUGUUGGCGGCGUUAGAGACAUGGUUGGCGGCCCAGCAAAGCCAUCGGAUGUUGCCUCCCAGGAAGUUGGAAAUAAUGAAUCAUCAAAGCCUCCCGGUGCUGGCACACGGCCCGCAGAGACUUCGUCUACUCACCUGGCUUCCGCACAAGCUUCUGCCACAAGUUCCCCUGUGUUAGGCACAUUUCCGCUACUUCAAGAAGGCAACCCCAGCAACCUUCCUAAGACUUCAAGGAUCUCUUCCAAAGCUGCGAGUAUUUCAUCCAAAGCAUCGACACCCGCCGGUAAUUCUCUAAAAUCACCGCUGCUCCCGCUUUCGAAAAUGCACACUCCUGCCACAGCGGACCCCACUGUUACUGAGAUAAAUGUGAAUGCUGUUAAAGAUGGGUUGAAUCAUCACAGAAGUAAUUCUGGCAGCCUGUCUACCAGCCUGUUAAUGAAUUCAGAUUCGAUGCCGUCAGAGCGGAAAGAUCGAACUCCCCACUUAUCAUCAAGUCAGAUAUCGCAGGAAUCAGCUGCCGGCGGGCGAUCCCAAUCACCGGUGCUGUUGGCAAAAUCAAGCGGCGACACAUACAAAGACUUCCAGGAACCCGAGUCUAGUCGAGCUAAUUUCUCCGAAUCAGUCUCUCAUGAUGGAUCUGUUUCCCCUAAAUUAUAUUCUAAUAGCGCGUCACGGAGCGGCUUGUCUGAGCUUGAUUCUUCCUAUUAUGCAAACCAGCCAAAGAAUAAUCAGGCGGGAAGUGCUCACGACGAUCACAUUCGUCGCAAGGAAGUUUAUGCUGGAGACUUGAAUGUAUCCUUCGCCACAGAUUCUGUACCAACCUCCGUCUCGAAUAGUAUGUCAAAAUUUGAUAGCUCAACGCAUGACGGAAACACUAUCACAACGUUGGAUACUUCAAUCUCCAUGACCGACCGUGGCAUCCCAUCUGCACAUUCCUCCAAGGCCUCAAUAAGUACAUCUCGCGAAAAAUUACCUCCUCGCGUUACCCAGCCCCAUCUGCCCAGAUUCGCUUUUCCUGGUAUUGCGUCCUCAGAAUCAUCUCAGACGGCAUCUACUGCUGGGAAUUUUUCGACAAAAAAUGACGCUAAAGAGACGGAGAAAACGAGUCAGACAAACAACUAUCCGUUUUACCCACGAUGGAGCCAGAGUGAGGCACAUACUGGGGUUAAAAACAAACUUCUUAGCAAAGAAUUCUGGAUGCGGGAUGAGAACGCAAAAGAUUGCUUUUACUGCGGAGAACCAUUUUCGACCUUUAGAAGAAAACAUCACUGCAGAGUAUGUGGACAGAUUUUUGAUGCGAAAUGCACCACCCUUAUCUCCGGGGCAUCGUUUGGGUAUUCGGGCUCCAUACGUGUUUGCAAGCCAUGCGACGCUGUUAUAAACGCUCCCAGAGACGACGAUUCAUCAGAGUUUUCUGCAGAUGAGGCUCGCAGCCCUGUCGUUAUUAAUACUCGUGCACCUGAAUCUCUUGGGAAUAACCUCAGCCCCAACUUUCCAGGAGAAGAGGAUGCUGGUUCUACUGUAUCACAAUCAUUAGACCACGUCUUGAAACCCCCAACGAUGGCAAUCCCCGCAACACGACGUACAGGGGACGGAAACCAUAGGCGGUCAGCUAUUCUAGAAAUAGACUCGGAUCGCCAACUCGUAAGGCCAACCUCGUCAAGGUCAUUGAAAUCGGGAAUGAGUAGAUCUCAUUCAGUUCCGCACAAACGGCAUCAUUCAAGAACCCAGUACAUUCGCAACUUCAAACCAUACCAUGAUGACAGAGCACCAUUUCAACGGCGUUUUGGGGAGGAUGUUAUUGGCGAAAAACUUCCCGCAUUUCAUCGAGAUAAUAUUAUCGACCCCGACCUAGCUCAAUACCUCUCUGAUGAUGCUUCAAGUGAAGACGAUCAGCCAAACUUAUUUUCGGUCGUAGGUGAUGGUACGCUCUCUCGGAGUGGCGGAGAUAGUGAGAAGGCUGCUUUUAAUGGAUUUCUUGCUGCCGUCAAAAAGGGACGUUCUCGAUUUGGUGAUAAGAGCGGUUUGUACCCUGCGCGUGACGGAGAGGAAGGGAGCGUCAGCAGCUCUCGAGCUGUUAACUUACCCCGUUCAACGCGAAGGCGAAAUUUGAGCGUUGCGAGCAGCAUUCACCAAAGAAUAUCCCCUCGGGCCUCAAAGGAUAAUCCAUCCCUGCAUUAUAUACAUGACCAUAGCGCUCCCCCAUUCACCGUUCCAACGAACUCUGCAACUAAUGGGUUUAAAAUGACAAGGAGCGCUUCCAUGAGAGGUGCAGGAGCUCCCGCUAUGGAACUAAAUAAAGCCAGUUUAGACCAUGUUCGCAAACUCCUACAUCAGCAGCUACGGGAUACAUCAGUGCCGAACUUUCAAAGUUGGGAAACCGCACUUCUGCCAAUUCUAUUGAAAGCCACUGAUGAUGUCGAGCCUGACGUACAGCGUGGUGACGAUAUGGAUAUCCGGCAUUAUGUCAAACUAAAAAAGAUCCCAGGAGGCCGACCUAGUGAUACUGCAUAUGUUUCUGGUCUAGUAUUUACGAAAAAUCUAGCACUAAAAAGCAUGCCCAGGAACAUAUCGAACCCUCGGAUUCUAAUCGUGACAUUUGCCUUGGAAUAUGCACGUCAGCAACAGCACUUCAUGAGCCUGGAACCUGUCAUUCGCCAAGAACGAGAAUUCCUUGAAAAUCUUGUCAACAGAAUAGCAGCCUUGGGCCCCAAUUUAUUGCUCGUCACAAAACAUGUGUCUGGCCUAGCUCUUCAAUUGCUAGAACAAGCGAAUAUUGCCACAGUCUGUAAUGUCAAGGAGUCCGUUAUAGAGGCGGUCUCGCGAUGCACUCAAACUAGGAUCAUAACAUCCCUAGAUCGCCUCGCCGCGUCUCCGUCUUCUACUGGCCAUUGUGUGAGUUUCGAUCUUAAAACUUAUGUUCAUGGAGGCCGGAAAAAGACGUACAUGUACAUCUCUGGCUGUCCGAAGGAGUUGGGUUGCACCAUAGUCCUUCGAGGUGCGAAUAAUGAUGUGCUCAUGAAGAUUAAACGGAUCACGGAAUUCAUGGUCUAUGUUGUCUACAACUUGAAACUCGAGACAUGCUUAAUGAGGGACGAAUUUGCGAAAAUCCCUUCCUCCCCAUCAAAUAUGGCCGGGUCUGGACAAAAGAAGGGCCAACAGGCAGAGCUACAAUCGGCCAGCAGCGUUGCUUCUGGCGCUGCCAACGACGAAGCUCCUGGUAUCUCGGAUACGAAAGGCGAAAAUUCGAGAGACGAGGUCUCCGCACUUGAGAAACCAACGGUUACGACCACCUCACAAAGACAAGCUGACGAUACUGAAUUGUCUAGCGAUGUCCCUGCCCCAGCUUUCUACGAAGAUAUGGUAGAAAAACACCAAGUUAAAAUCCUCUCAGCAUCUCCUUUUGUGAAGUUCCGCCAACCCUAUCUCCUUAUGCGAGCGAGGGAGUUAGAACGCCAACUAGCUUAUCUCAAGCGCCUCCGUGACCAAGACUUUUCUCAAGAGCCUACCUCAGACGAGAAAUCAAAAUCAGAGAAAUUUUUCCUGAUCACACCAGAGAUGAUACAUGAAUCUCUGUCUGGCGCAUCCAGCAAAGUUAAGGAGGUCGUCCAUGCCGUUCAUGAUGCCGAAUAUGACAGGGCAUUGCAUCACUAUCAAACCCAAAAGAGGCAAUGGGAGGCAUAUAUAUCUGGAAAUAUAAAUCUCUUCGAUCCAUAUGCGCACCAGAAUAUCGUUGUCUUGUAUAGCUUAGUCUGUACAAAAACAUCGAUCCCUUGCUCUGGCCCUGAUACUUUUGCCCUUGGCUUCUAUAACCAAUAUGAUACCGAUAAAAUCUUUGAAGGGGAUUGUACCCUUGGGCAGUACGUCGAGGAUCUAUGUCACAGUGCUAACGCCGUUUGUACUGCAAAUGGCUGUGAGGAAAGAAUGUUCGACCAUCAUCGUCAAUAUGUCCAUGGCGAAGCGCAAGUCAGCGUAUUUGUUCAGCCUUAUCCCUCGAAAUUACGCGGCCUUCAGGAUACAAUCUUAAUGUGGAGUUGCUGCAAAAAGUGCGGUAACGAGACCCCGGCUAUGCCAAUGUCAGAUAGUACCUGGAGGUAUUCAUUUGGAAAGUACCUGGAGCUCUCAUUCUCGAGUGCAGACUUGCAUGCCCGCGCGGGUGUUUGUCCCCACGAUCUACAUCGAGACCACCUGAGGUAUUUCGGCCUCAAAGAUAUGGCCCUUCGGAUACAUUAUGAUCCCAUUAAUCUGUUGGAAAUCAUUGUCCCGCGACCACGGGUUACCUGGAAGGUGGAUAAAGCCCUCAGGGUCCGUAAUGAGGUUUACAUUGCGGCGGAAAAAAGAGUGAACAAAUUUAUGAUGUCCGUUAAAGGGCGUCUUAAAUCUAUAAAGGUUGAAAGUGUCAUGCCUGAGAUGGCACAAGCCUGUCAGAAGGAAGUUGAGGCGCUCAACAAACGGGCCAACGAUGAUCACAUCGCUCUUAUCAAGCAGCACCAGGCGCGAUAUAUGAAUAGUCGAUAUUGGGAAGUCAUCCCUUUGAACACUGUCAUCAUCUCAACCCAAGAAAAGGUUGUGGAAUGGGAUGCUAUAUUUGCUGAGUUUGAACGAAACUAUUUUCCCUCUGAAAAAGAUAUUAGACGAUUGGCAACCUUGCAGCUGAAGAAAAUAUUUCUCGAUAGAGACGUUUCCGUCACGUCACUCACAUCAAGCGAAGACUCUGGGGCGACAGCAGUAGAGACGGAAGAAGGGACGGCAACGCCAUCGGGCUCCCCUCGCCUAACAAGGAGAAUGACACUAUCACCGCAAGAAGCGAAAAAUAUGUUAGCAUCUGUGGUGGAAGAACACACCACGAAGCCGAGGAAGGAGACUGAACCUGAAGAGCCCAACCCACAAAGCCCGACGCAAGGUGCAGAGUCUCAUGGGUCUGGUGACUUAUCGCCUAUGAAGCCCAUACUUGCGUGUCAAAAUGAAUUCCGGCACUUGGACUUGGUCAUCCCAUCAAACUUGGUAGAAAAAUUAUCUCCGCCACAGGUGCAGCCAGACUUGGAGAUACAUCAGCCUGUCAAUCCCACCACUAGCCCCGUGCCCACAAAUUCGGCGGGAAAUGAGCAAGAAAUUCCAAGUGAGCCUCGACUGAGCAGUGAUGAUACGCCGGAUAACCAGGAUGCUGCCGACUAUGUUGCACGCCCUUCCGGUCUCCCUCGUCCCCGUGAUAGAGCACUCAAUCAUGGGUUUAGGGCAAAGUCUCCGCCAUUGAUGAGGGCGCAAUCACAACCGGCACAUCUGCAGCAACAGCUUUCUAAUCCAGUGCUAUCUCAAGAAAAGCUUCAGAGGCCUACUGGGGAGAAGGGCUCUGACGGCAAUAAGGGGCCAUUCACGUCCAAAAGGCAGCGUUUUUCAGAACGACUGAGGCUAGCGGGUCUAAAAUCUCCGAAAUUGCCUGGUGGUCCUUCUCUAAUACCACGAUCGGUCACGAAGAAAAGCUCACAUGUAUCGUACCUUACUCGUCAUUUCGAGGAGCUAAGCCGAGAAUUCCAAAAAGAGCGGAUCAUGCAAAAUCAUCGGCGGGCUGCACAAGGCAAACAAUCUCGCGCCUACCCAAUGGCAUCUUCCAAGCCGAUUGUCGAAGUGUACAAAAAUGUCAGGGAUGCAGUAGAGGAACGAGAGCCUGGUGAUGAAGACUUUUUGUCUAAUACACCCACCGCGAUAUUACCAAAGGAACCUGCAGUUCUAGUGGUCGAGGCUACUGAAAAUGUCGAACCUCCAGUUGUUCGACCAGAAACCCCUGUUAGAGGUACCCAAGAGUCUAGGGUAUCGGACGAAAGUUUGCGUGAGGGCGACCAAAUCCUUUCAGGGGCGGAUGGUGAGGAUGAACAUAGUGAUGGCGAGAAGAGCUUUUUAGAAGACGAUGGCCAAAAUGUCGAGGCAAACGAAGAAACAGUUCCGUUAUCCCCAGAUGAAAUUUCCUUGGAUCUCAAGGAGCUACCCAAACAUGAACAAACGUCGUUAGUCAAAAUGCUCACGAACUUUUGGGCUGAGCGUUCUGCAAGUGGAUGGGCUCCCUUGGAUUAUCCGCUAAGCGAUUCCGACCAUAUUUUUGCUGAUUGUGAUAUCAUUGUCCGAGAAGACGAGCCAAGCUCGUUGAUUGCAUUUGCAUUAAACUCUGAGGAUUAUCAGCAAAAACUUAGAAGCAUCCAAGAGCAAAACGAAGCGGGCGAUUCGGUCAACGUUGAUGCGGAGCCCGAAGUUGAACAAUCAUUGCUUCGAAGUACGGGAACACAUCUCAAAUAUCAGUUUCAAGAAGGCCAAGCAAAGAUGCUCUGCAAAGUAUUCUAUGCUGAGCAGUUUGAUGCUCUUCGCAGGAAGUGUGGUGUAGCGGACCGAAUUGUUGAAUCGCUGUCCCGGUGCAUGAAAUGGGAUUCCAAGGGAGGCAAGACAAAAUCCCUCUUCCUAAAGACGCUGGAUGAUCGGUUUAUCCUGAAGUCACUUUCAACAAUAGAGACACAGGCUUUCUUGAAAUUUGCGCCAGAUUAUUUCCAGAUUAUGUCUGAAGCGCUGUUCCACGAGCUCCCUUCCGUAAUCGCAAAGAUGUUCGGUUUCUACCAGGUAAUCAUCAAGAACCCGACGACUGGGGUAGAAUUCAACUGGUUCCUACUCAUCAUGGAGAAUCUAUUCUAUGACCGCAGUCCAACCCGAAUCUUUGACCUCAAAGGGUCGAUGCGCAAUCGAAAAGUUCAGAGCACUGGAGAACGGAACGAAGUGCUGCUUGAUGAGAAUAUGGUCGAGUUCAUAUACGAAAGCCCGCUGUUCACCCGAGAGCAUUCAAAGAAACUACUUAGCCAGAGUGUCUGGAAUGAUACCCUAUUCCUCGGCCGCCAGAACGUCAUGGACUAUUCUCUGAUGAUUGCUAUCGAUGAAGUUAAACAAGAAAUUGUAGUUGGUAUUAUCGACUGCAUUCGAACUUACACUUGGGACAAGAAACUAGAGUCGUGGAUUAAAGACCGAGGGUUUGCCGGGGGUGGAAAAAACAGGCCCACGGUCACCAGUCCUAAAGAGUACAAGAGCCGGUUCAGGGAAGCAAUGGCGCGAUAUGUCCUUUAUGCCCCUGACUCCUGGCACCAGUUCCAUGUUGCAGACCCCGACAGGCGGUCCCUCAGGAGCCAUAAUCAAAGCAAGAGUACUAUAGCCUCGCAAAAUAAACUACCAGACGCAGCCGCACCCCAACCUUAA